AUGAUAAAGAGAAGAUUUUACAAGCUAGAGCAUGGUGAUAAAGACAGUGGAUCCGACUCCUCUUGCUUCUCUUCUGAUUCCGAUCCUGAGUCUGAAGAAGAAUCAGAGCAUUCCGAAUCCGAAGACUCAGUUGCACAAGGUUCAGAUGAUUCCGUCUCCGAGGGUGAAGAAGGAGAAGAAGAAGAAGAAGCUGCUGGUGACGACGAUGCUGAUGUUGAAGAAGAUGAUGAUGAUGAUGACUUUGAUGGAGAUGCCUAUAGAGGGAGACAUGAGAAGACAUCUAUGCAGUACGGCUUAGAAGAACCACCGGAAGAGGAGGAAGAGAACUAUAUUUUAGGUUGUAUGAUUAAAUGCAAAUCUGUUUACAAAUGCAGAUAUUGCCCAAACACUAUUUGUUUGAAUGAGAGAACUAUGCAAGAACAUGUCUCAUCCAAGAAACAUGCUCGUUCUGAGAAACUUAUGAAAGAAGAGAAGCUCGGAACCGAUGAUGAUGAUGAUGAUGAUGAUGAUGAUGAUGAAGAUGUUGAUGAUUCAAAGAAGCCAUCUCAGGAGAAGCAGAUUAAAGGGAACAGGAGAUCACAAAGAAAGGGCAAGAGAUCUCAAAAACAAGGAAAGCUCAGAAGUGAUGAUGCCAAAGUUGAUGAUCCUAAAACGCCAUCUCAGGAGAAGCAGGUGAAGGGAAACAGAAAAUCACGAAGACAGGGUAUGGUGUCACAAAAACAGGAAAAGGGUUCGUCGAUCAAGGAUGGAGAAAAGGCAGAUGCGACGCCAAAAUCUAGAAAGAAAAUGCGUCAAACUAAGGAUUGAGACUAGUGUGUGUAUCUCCAGCAAUAUGAAAGAUUCAUCUUUUCUUGAGGGACAGGUGAAGGAAACAUAGGAGUAGAAGUGGGUUGGCUGUGACUCAGUUUAUGCGCUUUUUUACUUGCAAGUUUUUGUCUACAAAAUAUGUUGCUUGUAACUGAUAUAUGGUUUUUUGAUUAAUUGUGAGUUAUAUACAAUUCUUGUGUGUUUCGGUUUUAUGCAAUUUGGAUCUUUCGAGACU